CGUACGAGGAACGGGGCCCUGGUGUCUUCCUAUCUCCACCAGAACAGCCUCUUGGACCCCACCAGAGGGAGCGUGUCUGCAGUACCGGACUUUGAACACCGGACACUCCUUCUUUCCUCUUCAUAGAGGAACGAUCUUGUUACUGAGAGAGAGAAGAUGAACUACUCGGAGGACAAGAUGUUCAACCAAUCAUAUGACGACUACGAUCUGAUCGGACCUUGUUCCCACAAGAAGAACACGAGCGUGGAGCUGGUGGUCGGCCCGUACGUCCACUCCAUCAUCUGCAUCCUGGGCCUGGUGGGCAACGGCCUGGUGAUCGUGACCUACGCCUUCUACAAGAGGACCAAGUCCAUGACGGACGUGUACCUGCUGAACGUGGCCGUGGCCGACCUGCUGUUCGUGGCGUCGCUGCCUCUCAUCGUGUACAACGAGCUGUCGUCGUGGUCGAUGGGGCCGGUGGCCUGCAAGCUGCUGCGCGGCUCCUACAGCGUGAACCUGUACGGUGGCAUGCUGCUGCUCGCCUGCAUCAGCGCCGACCGCUACGUGGCCAUCGUCCAGGCCCGCCGCAGCUUCGGGCGCCGCUCGCUGCCCUACAGCCGCCUCAUCUGCACCGCCGUGUGGUCCGCGGCGCUGCUGCUGUCCGUCCCCACCUUCUGCUUCUACAACUGGUACGAGCCGUCCCACAGCAGGGAGGCCUUCAUGUACGAGGAGGAGGAGACCAACCGGACCUCCGGACCUCCGCAUUACGUCUGCGAGUUCCAGUUUGCGGACAAUGCCACGGCCUGGAGGACCAAGGUGGCGGUCCCCAGCACCCAGCUGGCUGUGGGCUUCUUCCUGCCGCUGCUCGUCAUGGUCGUCUGCUACAGCGCCGUCGUCGCCACCCUGCUGAGGGCCAAGAACUUCCAACGGCACAAGGCGGUGCGGGUGGUUCUGGCCGUGGUGGUGGUGUUCGUGGUCUGCCACCUGCCCUACAACCUCACGCUGCUCUACGAGACCGCCGACAUGUUCCAGCUGCGGACCUGCGAGGAGUCGGACGUCCUGCAGGCGGCCAAGACUGUGACGCAGACCAUCGCCUACCUGCACUGCUGCCUGAACCCGGUGCUGUACGCCUUCGUGGGGGUGAAGUUCAGGAACCACUUCAGGAGGAUCGUCCUGGACCUGUGUUGUCUGGGGAAGAAGUACAUCGCCCCGCGACGCUUCUCCAGAGUCACCUCCGAGAUCUACGUGUCCACCCGCCGCUCGGUGGACGGAUCCAGUGAGAACGGUUCGUCUUUCACCAUGUGAGGACCAGAACCUUCCUCCCUAAGACCCAAAGACACGGGUCUCAGUCCUCAGACCCAAAGACCUAGGUCUGAGGACUGAAACCCAAAGACCCGGGUCUGAGGCCUGCUGGUCUCUGGAGGUCCUAACCCUGAGAACCCGUAAGAAAUUAGACAAAAAAAUAAGUUUUUCUUUGUAAUCCUUUAAUGUGUUUCUGGUGAAAGACUUCGUUUCUUCAUGAAACGUUGAAAUGAAAGAAGCUGAGAAGGAAACGACGUUAAAGCUAAGAGUGAUUUUAUUUUGUAUCUGUUUGAACUUCCUGCUCUUCUUCUCUCUGAACUCUUUGUGUUUCAUAACGUUGACACUGAUGAUGUAAUGUGACACGUCACAGAAUAAAUGCGAGUUGAAUUGUU